AUGCUGGGUGGACGGCAGAGGGGAGGCUUCAGCUUCAAGAAAAGGAGAAAGCCACCUCAAUGGGAGCCCACUGACACUGGUCCGAAACUAGACAUGUUCACGAAGCUCCCGCCUGAUAUAAUCCAGCACAUCACCAACUAUUUGCGCGUCAGCGACGUCCUCGAAUGGAGGACGGUCUGCAAGGCCUGGAAGGAGAUGCUGGCUAACCCAGCCUUGGCCGCCUUCUGGCGGCGCGCCACCGUGUACGCUGGGCUACCGGCCGAAUGGGUGAAGAGGCUCCAGUCAGAGUUCAAGUGCGUUGACGGCGUUUUCCACCAGGCGCGCCUCUACACCGACCACAUAGCCCGUGUACGCCCCGAGCGUGAGAUCCUAAAGGGCCACUACCCGUUCGAAUCCAGCUCUCGAUGUGUGUAUGCCGGGCAGGGCUACUUUGUGAAGACGUUGGACCGCCAGUGUCUGGAAGAAGAGGAGACUGUCAUCGGAGAACUUUGUCCGCGCCGUCGCACCAUUCUAAAGGUAGCGUCAGUGAAGGGGAGGUACGGGGACGCGACGUACGCCGCCGUGUUUGCGAACCACGUGGUGUGGCAGACGACGGAGGGUCGCUGGCUGCGCUACAAUCUCGAGACCCACACUCACUCGCGGCUCUUUGAGAGAAUAGUCCAAAAAGAUAGCGGUGAUGGGGUCGGAUUCUGUCGACACUGCCUGUUCCUUGUCAUAGGCAGCAGCGAAACGAUCACGCAUUCGUACCACUGGAGCCUCCGACUAUUAAAAGUCGAAGGAGACACGCUAAUAGACUAUACUCACAAGGCUCCCAUCCCUAACAAGUUAACUGCGUACAUGCCACGACCUGUAAAGCCGAUUGUUGUAUCGUGGGACGGCUGCAAAACUCACCGUCUCGUUGUACAGGGAGGCACGGGUGCAUGUGUGUUCAAGGUCACGCACGAUGUUAAACAGAGGAAGAUCGAAGUCUCCAAGUCCCUUGCAACCCUGAACCCCUUCUACGACCUGGACCAUAUAGCAGUGAUGGUUGUGACUACCACCAGCCACAUUCUCCUGUCGCCCGACGAGACUUUCAUCGCUUUCCUGACAAGCCUCGUGUAUCCGUACAACACGGGUCUCUGUCUCCACUUUUUCAACCUCAAGACAUUCGCAAGGAUGCUCUCGGUGAGAAUAAAAUGGCCGGAAGGGUUCAACGAUUGCAAGCUGCUAGCCGUCAGUCCGCUCUACGCGGUGAUCGCGGUAGGUCACUCGGACGGAGUUGCCAAGAUCGUCCACUGUCGCUCGGGAAACAUAAUUUCGUCCAUCACCCCGUUGUCCAAGUCGCGACCUCUCGCUUUUUCCAUGGCAAAGCAUACCCACGUGAACAUGCACGGUGCCUACGGAGAGGAGUGUCUCUCCGACAUACGGGGAAAGCUGAGCAUUGCCGUCAUGUACCGCAGGGGGAACGGAAACAUGGAGGCCUUGUUUUACGCCCCCUUUUCCCCCAAGCCUUGCCCUCCUCGAAGAAAGCCACAGGGACUCCGACUCGGACUACGAAUUAUGAUCGCUGAUAAUAGGCAAAAAAUAGUUACUUAA